CUCCCGUGGCCCAGCGCAGCUGAGGAGCCAGACCAACAUGUCGGGGACCCGCGCCUCCAACGACCGGCCCCCGGGCUCAGGUGGCGUCAAGCGUGGGAGGCUGCAGCAGGAGGCGGCGGCCACCGGCUCCCGGGUGACCGUGGUGCUGGGCGCGCAGUGGGGGGACGAGGGCAAAGGCAAGGUGGUGGACCUGCUGGCCACGGACGCCGACAUCGUCAGCCGCUGUCAGGGGGGCAACAACGCCGGACACACCGUGGUGGUGGACGGCAGGGAGUAUGACUUCCACCUGCUGCCCAGCGGCAUCAUCAACACCAAGGCCGUGUCCUUCAUCGGCAACGGGGUGGUCGUCCACUUACCCGGCUUGUUCGAAGAAGCAGAAAAAAAUGAGAAGAAAGGGCUGAAGGACUGGGACAAGAGGCUCGUCAUCUCCGACCGCGCGCACCUCGUGUUUGACUUUCACCAGGCCGUCGACGGGCUGCAGGAAGUGCAACGGCAGGCCCAGGAGGGCAAGAAUAUCGGCACCACCAGGAAGGGCAUCGGACCCGCCUACUCUUCCAAGGCCGCCCGCAUGGGCCUCCGUGUCUGUGACCUCCUGUCGGACUUCGAUGAAUUUUCCGCCAGAUUCAAGAACCUGGCCCGCCAGCACCAGUCCAUGUUCCCCAGCCUGGAAGUGGACGUCGAAGGGCAACUCAAAAGGCUCAAGGCCUUUGCUGAACGGAUCCGACCCAUGGUGCGAGACGGCGUCUACUUUAUGUACGAGGCGCUCCAUGGCACCCCCAAAAAAAUCCUCGUGGAAGGUGCCAAUGCAGCCCUCCUUGAUAUUGACUUCGGGACCUACCCCUUUGUGACGUCCUCCAACUGCACCGUGGGCGGCGUGUGCACAGGCCUGGGCAUCCCCCCACAGAACAUAGGCGAGGUCUAUGGCGUGGUGAAGGCCUACACCACACGCGUGGGCAUUGGGGCCUUCCCCACCGAGCAGAUCAAUGAAAUCGGAGACCUGCUACAGAGCCGUGGCCACGAGUGGGGGGUGACCACGGGCAGGAAGAGGCGCUGCGGCUGGCUAGACCUGAUGAUUCUCAGAUACGCGCACAUGGUCAACGGCUUCACCGCGCUGGCCUUGACAAAACUAGACAUUCUGGAUGCCCUGGACGAGGUGAAGGUCGGCGUCUCAUACAAGCUGAACGGAAAAAGGAUCCCCUAUUUCCCAGCGAACCAGGAGAUACUGCAGAAGGUUGAAGUUGAGUACGAGACGCUGCCCGGGUGGAAGGCGGACACCACGGGAGCCAGGAAGUGGGAGGACCUGCCCCCGCAGGCCCAGAACUACGUGCGGUUUGUGGAGAAUCACGUUGGAGUGGCAGUGAAAUGGGUUGGUGUUGGCAAAUCAAGGGACUCGAUGAUCCAGCUGUUUUAGACAGAGACAGCGCUGGCCCAGCAGUCCCCAGCGGUCCUGUCCCACCUUGACAGCCAGAGUCAGCGCCCGGAAGGAAGAAGUAGGAAAACUAUUUUCUGUACUUUUAUAUUUCUCGCUAAGCCUUCAGCUCAGCCA